AUGGCUGCGAUUCAGAGAGCCAGCGGGUCCAUGGACUCUGCCGUGCCACCGGCCGCCGAGCCUUUGAAUUACCAUGCUGCAGCACGGCAGGGCCGUCAGGCUGAGUACGGCGAGAGAUGGGGCGAGGGUGCCGCGCGCUACUUCAGUAUCGAGGCGGAUUUCCUGGACGAGGACCAGGGCAUUCGUUUGAUGCCUGUUCCGGAGAGCUUCUUCUGCCCGAUUUCUGCGACGAUCAUGUCCGACCCAGUCGCCACUGUGGACGGGUGUGCUUACGAGCGGGACUACAUUGAGAGGUGGUUUCGCGAGCGUCGCCAAAGCCACCAGCAGAUUACGUCGCCGACCACAGGUCUGGCGCUGCCCUCUACUACUCUCAUGCCACUGUUGGCUUUGCAAAGAGCCAUCGAGGCAUACUUGGCUCACCGGCCAGAACUCAGGAGGGAUCAAAUGGCUGGGAGAAGCUUCGAAGAAGCUGCGCAAGUCUUGCAGACCGACCUUCUCGAAAAGCAAGCCAUGAACGCCAACAUGGGCGACGAGGUGCGGCGGCUUCGGGAGGCCAACAAGGCCCUAGUACGCCAGCUCCGGCAAUCGGAGGUGGAGCGCGGCAAGCUGCUGCAGCAACUGCAACAGGUUCGAUGGCAGCUGGGCAUUGCGGAGGAGCCAAGUGGGGUUUGCGAUGACCCCGGUGGCCCACCUCCAAGCAGUGGCGAUGAGAGUUCCGCCUAUGUGUCAACCGUUGACCAAGCCGAGGCCGAGACAGUUCGUCCACAGCUCCAAAUGGCGCCAGUGCAGCAGGAGCGACCGAAGCGAACGGCCAGUGCUGCACUGCGACCGCAACCUCGCCAGCUUUUUGCCUUGGGCGCUGCACUGGCAGCAUUGGCAGGAGGUCUGCACCUUUCCGGCAACGGCAGUGAUGCCAUACAAGGUGCUACGGCCGAAAAUAUGCUGCAGGGCAUUAAUGCAAGUCGAUCUGCACCGGGAGUCGGCACCACAUCUUCCCUUGGCUCCAUCUCCAUGAUCCCUCCCGAGUCGUUGCCGUCAAGGGCGGGGGCCCCGCCAAUGACCUUCACCGCCCGCGGCAAGAGCCCGGAUCUGAUCAUUUACGUGGAGCAUCUCAGGGCUCGCAACCUCGAGGAGCGCCACCGGGCACUGAUGAGCCUAUUGAGCACUGCUCGCGAGGGCGUGGCGAUGCGGAGUGCCAUCCUCCAGGCUGGUGCAGUGCUGCCCUUGGUCGAGCUACUGCGCGACUCCAGCGCGCCGGUGCUCCAGGAGGCAGCCGCGGCUGCCUUGGGAGUUUUGGCUGCAGAUGGAGAGGCUGCCCAGUCGACGCUCCUUCGUGCCGGUGCAGUGUCUGCACUGGGGAGGCUCUUGGGCUCCGACUCUUCCGUGCCGACAAAGGCUGCGGCAAGUGCGAUACGAAAUUUGGCAGCUAACCACAACGCUGCCCAGCUCGCCAUCGCGAAGGCAGGGGCAAUCACGCCUUUGAUCAACCUCCUCACUCACUCUGACCAGGGUGUUCAAGCUCAGGCGGCAGCGGCGCUUGGAAACUUGGCUGGCGACAGCUCUGAGAACCACUUCGACAAGCAGAUGAUGAUAGCCCAAGCCGGCGCUGUUCCACCACUAGUUCAACUCCUGGAACGGGCAUCGCCGGAACUGAGGGAAGCGGGAGCCUCGGCAUUGCGAAUGCUUGCCACGAACAAUGCCGACAACCAGGUGGCAGUGGCCCAUGCAGGGGCCAUUCGUCCUUUGGUUCGCCUUCUGUACGACGAGAUGGCCAGCGUCCGGGAAGAGGCGGCCGCGGCUCUGGGCAACCUCGUCUUUUACAACGACGAGACGAAUGCCGGAAAUCAGGCCGCCAUUGCCGAAGCCGGGGCACUCCCGAGACUUGGAGCUUUGCUCCAGGACAAGGCCGCGGCCGUUGCCGAGACUGCUGCCGGUGCCCUGCGGAAUUUGGCAGCGCAGAACGCAGCCAACCAGGAGUCGGUCUGCCAAAGCGAUGCCCUUCGCAGCCUAGUGGGACUGCUGAAGGAGUCGCGAGAGCCCAAGGCGCAGGUCGAAGCCGCAGGAGCCAUCCACAACUUGGCGGCUGGAAACACCAGAUGCCAGGGAAAGAUCGUGGAGGCUGGGGGACUGCAGCCGCUCGUCUCGCUGCUGAAGGAGGAGGCUCCACGAAUGCGCGAAGUUGCUGCGGGAGCUUUGUGGGCCUUGGCGAGGGAUAAUCCGGAGCUUCAGAAGGCCAUCGAUCGAUCGGGCAAUAUCUAUGCCGAGCAUUUGCCCCAAAGACAUCCAAAAAUAGAGUGUUCCCUUCAACAUUCAGGAUUACUUUGGUUUUAG